AUGAGCGUGCCGGUAGAUGAACAUUCUCUGUGUGCACACCGACGGCGUUCCUCGCGAUCUUCCGAUGCAGACCCCUUCUCUGAGCCUGAUAUAUAUUACGGCCAGGAGGAACACCUAAAGCAACAUGCUCAGGCCCAUCGAAGGACGUUGUCAUCUAGCCUGAAACGAUUCGAUCUUACUGAUCUCCGUGAUUUUAUCGGCAAUGUUCCGUCAAGACGGACAAGCCAUGAUGAACGAGUGCAAAGCCGUAAAUUCCUCAUCGAUGUCGACGCAACGUUGGAGACAUUGCUGGAACGUGAGGAUACAGACCACAACGUACAAAUAACAAUAGAUGAUCAGGGACCAAAAGUAUUUGCAGUAGGCACUGCGGCAUCGAAUGGCUACAAUCGAUUCGAUUUGCGAGGAACAUAUAUGAUUUCGAACCUCCUUCAGGAACUCACACUAGCAAAGGAUUAUGGCCGGAAACACAUUAUACUCGACGAGCAGCGCCUGAAUGAGAACCCUGUCGCCAGACUCUCCCGCCUUAUCAAAAAGUGCUACUGGAAUGCACUUACGCGCCGAAUUGACGGAUCCAAUAUUGUAGCCGUUGCAGAAGAUCCUAAAGACUGGACUGCGGACCCAGUUCCCCGUAUAUAUGUUCCUCCGGGAGCGCCCGAGCAGUACGAAUAUUAUAAGAGAAUUGCCGACGCUCAACCUGAAUUACGCCUCGAUGUUCAGUACCUCCCGGAAGGAGGCCCUACUGCCGAGUACGUGAAGGACCUGAAUGAGAAACCUGGACUCCUCGCUUUGGCUAUGGAGGAAUACAUCGACACAAACACCGGAAUGAAGGAUCUCAGGGGCGUUCCGUUCGUCGUACCGGGUGGUCGUUUCAACGAGUUCUAUGGAUGGGAUAGCUAUAUGGAGUCUCUGGGGCUGUUUGUGAGUGAUCGAGUGGAUCUCGCAAAGAGUAUGGUCAUAAAUUUUUGUUUCUGCAUUCGGCAUUAUGGAAAGAUCCUUAACGCCAACCGCUCUUACUAUCUCUGCCGCUCCCAGCCACCAUUCCUGACUGACAUGGCUCUUCGAGUUUAUGAUCGCAUUAAAGCGGACCCGAGCGCCAAGGAUUUCCUUCGCACGGCCAUUUUGUCCGCUAUCAAAGAAUACUAUUCAGUGUGGAUGGCGGAGCCAAGAUAUGACCCCAUUACGGGCUUGUCCAGGUACCGGCCAACUGGGUUUGGAGUGCCGCCUGAAACCGAAUCCUCUCAUUUCUAUCAUCUAUUAAUGCCGCAUGCUAAAAAGUUGGGAAUCUCUUUCGAGGAAUUCGUCAAGGGCUACAACAGCGGAAAGAUCAAGGAUCCUGAGCUAGAUGACUACUUCCUCCAUGACCGUGCUGUAAGGGAAUCCGGGCACGACACCAGCUACCGCCUUGAGAAGGUCUGCGCGAACCUUGCCACGGUCGAUCUGAAUUCUCUCCUUUAUAAAUAUGAAGUCGACAUCGCCAGGACGAUACGGGAUUUCUUCGGAGAUAAACUUUCCAUCCCGACCGAGUUUAGGACCCCGCAAAAUGCCGAACAUGGAUUCGAGUCAUCGGCGGUGUGGGAUCGCCGGGCUAGACGUAGGAAGGCGGCGAUGGACAAGUAUUUAUGGGAUGAAGGAAAGGGGACGUAUUUUGACUACAACACAGUGGAGCAAGUGAGAACGGACUAUGAGAGUGCCACCACGUUUUGGACUAUGUGGGCUGGAGUGGCGAGUCCCUAUCAGGCUUCAAGGCUAGUCAAUGAAGCGCUUCCUAAAUUCGAGGUAUACGGUGGGCUGGUCUCAGGGACUGAGAAGUCUAGAGGCCCCAUCGGGCUCGACAGACCCAACCGACAGUGGGAUUAUCCGUACGGGUGGGCGCCUCAGCAGAUGUUGGCCUGGUCAGGGCUGAUUCGCUAUGGAUACCAAGACGAAGCGGAGAGACUCGCAUACAAAUGGCUCUAUAUGAUCAUCAAAGCGUUUGUAGAUUUCAAUGGUGCCGUUGUGGAAAAGUAUGAUGUGACACGGCCCAUUGAUCCCCAUAAGGUGGAAGCUGAGUAUGGGAAUCAAGGCGGGGAUUUUAAAGGCGUGUCUCGAGAAGGAUUUGGCUGGGUUAAUGCAAGUUUCGUCUACGGUCUUGAGUUCCUCAACGCUCAUAUGAGACGCGCACUGGGCGCUUGCACUCCUUAUGAGACUUUCAGCAAAGCUACAGCGGUGCAAUAUUAG